AUGAACAUUAACUGGCUAGGUUUCUCUCUCUCUCCUUAUGACCAAAAUAUCCACCGUACGGGCGUCGACCCUUCCACUGCCAUAACAGCCGUAGAUGUUGCCGGGGAGUACUAUAACAAUCUGACCGCCGCCUCCGAUGAGUCUUCGACCGUUCAUACAUCGUUUCCUUCUUCCUUUGGUGUUGUCCUCGAUGCUUUCACCAGCGACAACAAUAGUCACUCCCGAGAUUGGGACAUCAAUGGUGGUGCAUGCAAUAACAUCCACGAUAAUGACCCAAAUGGACCAAAGCUUGAGAAUUUCUUCGGCAACACCACCACGAUUUACAACACCAGCGAAAAUGGUGGAGAUGGAAAUGGUGAUUGUGGAGGAGGAGGAGGAGGAGGAGACGUUUCUGGUGGCUCACUAGGCCUUUCGAUGAUUAAGACAUGGCUGAGGAAUCAGCCGGUGUCUAAUGUGAAUCAUCAAGACAAUAAUGGUACUGGUGCAAGAGGCUUGUCCCUCUCUAUGAACUCUUCUACUACUUGUGAUAGCAACAACUACAACAAUAGUAUUGUUGUUCUCCAAGAGAGUACUAUUGGUGAUUGCGUAGAAGCCACACCGAAGAAAAGUAUUGAGAGUUUUGGACAAAGGACAUCUAUAUACCGCGGUGUUACAAGGCAUCGGUGGACAGGAAGAUAUGAGGCACACUUAUGGGACAAUAGUUGCAAAAGAGAAGGCCAAGCUCGCAAAGGAAGACAAGGAGGUUAUGACAAAGAAGAAAAAGCAGCUCGGGCUUAUGAUUUAGCCGCACUCAAGUAUUGGGGAACCACCACUAGUACUAAUUUCCCUAUGAGUGAAUAUGAGAAAGAGAGAGAAGAGAUGAACCACAUGACGAGGCAAGAGUAUGUUGCCUCUCUACGCAGGAAAAGUAGUGGUUUCUCUCGUGGUGCAUCGAUUUAUCGAGGAGUAACAAGGCAUCACCAACAUGGAAGAUGGCAAGCUAGGAUCGGAAGAGUGGCCGGUAACAAAGACCUCUACUUAGGAACUUUUGGCACACAAGAAGAAGCUGCAGAGGCAUACGACAUUGCAGCAAUCAAAUUCAGAGGAUUAAGCGCAGUGACUAACUUCGAAAUGAGCAGGUACAACGUUAAAGCGAUCCUCCAAAGCCCGAGUCUUCCCAUUGGUAGCUCUGCAAAACGUCUCAAGGAAGUUAACCAUCCGGUUCCAAGUAUGAUGAUCAAUAGUAACGUUUCAGAGAGUGAAAAUAAUACUAACGGUUGGCAAAACGCUGCGCUUCAGCAUCAUCAUGAAAUAGAUUUGAGCUUAUUACAGCAACAUCAAGAGAGGUACAAUAAUUAUUACAAUGGAGGAAACUUGUCUUCGGAGAGUGCUAAAGAACAGGAAGAUCAACACCAUUUCUUGAGCAACUCGCCAAGCCUCAUGACUAAUAUCGAUCCGUGUGAUUCUGUUACUGUUUGUGAAAAUGUCAUUGGUUAUGGUAGUUAUCAAGGACUUGCAGUCCGGGUUGGAUCAUCCGUUAACUGUGAUGCCUUGGUUGCAGCUGAGAUGGAUUACAACGCAAGAAACCAUUAUUAUUUUGCUCAGUAA